AGGGCCUGCCUGCAUUUGUCCUCAUAAGGCUGACGUCCACCCGCUGAGUUCGGGUGCCUCUUCACUUUUGUCCAGCCACAUAAGCUUCCUACUUCCCCUCCUCGCCUACCUUACACCAGAACCAACCGUCUCGCUCUGCGUCGCUUUACACUUACUUGUAGAAUUCCCCAUACAAUGUCAAAAGACUACUACGAGUACGAAGAGUACUCUCGUCGCCGACGCGACUUUUCUCCCGACAACUACUCCGGCGGUGCCCCAGGGUCUCAGCAACAAGGCCCUCCUCCUCCCCCCCCUCCUGGCGCUCCUCCUUAUGCCUCAACCUCCCGUCUUGAUGACCCUUACUACGGCGGCAUGCCUCCUCCUCCGCGGGAGCGCAUGACCCUCGAGCCUCCCGAGUCACAGAACCGCCCACGAUCUGUCCCACCAAACACCACCAUGGUCCGGCGCAGCCGCUCUCGUUCCCGUCCUCCGUCAGAUGACGAGGAUUAUGAUGACAGACGGAGCUCGCGAAACCGCUCACAAAGUCCCAUCACCCGCGCUCGGAAUGUCGUUGAUGAGAACUUCUCUCAUUCCGCCGGCGGCAUCGGCGCCGGUAUUUUAGGCGCUGUCGUUGGCGGUCUUGUAGCUCGCGAGGCGACUGAAGCUGCAACACGCCGCAAGCACAAGACCCGAGGUUAUGAAGACGAGAAUGAGGACCGCACUCGUCUCGUUUCCACCAUUCUCGGCGCCGUCGCUGGUGGCCUAGGAGCCAAUGCUCUCGCCAAUAGGGUUGAGGAUUCGAGGGAGCGAGACCGACGACGCCAACUCGACUGGGAGCGUGAGCGUAGCUACGUGCGCGAGCAGGAGAUGCCCCGCUACGAGCAACGGAGAUCCAGUGACCGUGAUAGAGAGGACGACCGCCGCGAUCGUGAUCGUGACCGGUAUGAUCGCGGCAGGGCCCUACCCCAAAACGAUGAUGAUGAUUAUGACUUCGUCUAUGAUGAUCCGCGAUACGAAGAUCGAGAACCCAGGCGACGUAGAAGCGAGGACAACUACCGCUAUCGCCAAUAGUCGACCUGUCUUUUUACCCCUCGACAGCCUAUUACUACUUCAUUAUGACAUCUCACGACAGUAUUUAUUUCCCUUGUUUUCUUCUUGUUUUCUUCCUCUCUUGGCUUAUGUUGAGUGACGUUUAAAAACUGCGAGCGGU